AUGAGGACUGGCAGAGCAGAGCUUCUGUGUGCCGUCCAGCAGGUGUUUGUUCAGGAGCGAGACGUGCUGAAGAGCCUCUCUCACUCUCCUCUGGAGCGUCUGGACACGGCUGAUGCGGUCCUCCAUCAGGACACCAGACACAGAGAGCUCAUGGAGACGCUGUACGCCGCAGACAGAAGCAGCCUGCGCUCAGAGAUCCAGCAGCUCAGAGCUCAGCUCACACAGCGCCACCACCAGGACACCGCCGGACUGGAGAGAGAGAGCGCUGCUGCGGUCACAUGUGCCUCUGAUCGACUGGAGGAAGUGAAGACCGAACUGAACCAAACUAAACUAGAGCUAGAGAGCGCUCUGAACACACAACACACACACCUGGAAGAGCUCCACGCACUCAGGGCGGAGGUCUCUCUGAAGACGUCUGAAGUCCACACACUGACCGACACACUCGCCCUCGAGCAGAAGAGAGCCAGAGAGAUGCAGUGGGCCUUUGAGAAGGAGAAACACAAGACUGACAGGAAGCAGGAGAGCGACAGAGAGGAAGUGGAGGAGCUGAAGCUGGUUCUGGAGGAGCAGCGGGGUCGUGUGGAGGAGCUGUCCCGGUCUCUGGAGACAGAGGUCAGCGUCUCCUCCGAGCUGCAGGUUCAGUUAGAGGCUCAGAGAGCUCGAUCGGUGGAGCUCAGCAGCACUCUGGAGAAACAGAAGGAGCUGAACGCACAGCUGCUCCAGCGCUUCCAGACGAGCUCCACGUCUGAGACACACGACACCCUCGAGCAGACGGAGGACACCUGCAGCCAGGUGGAGGCCGGCGUCCUCUCCGUGGAGUCUCUCCUGCAGACGCUGCAGACGCAGCUGGCCGAGAAGCAGACGCAGGUGGAGCAGAUGAUGGAGGAGAUGGAGAGACAGAAGCUGGAGGCGGUGCAGUGCAAACGACAGUGGGACGAGGAGAAAUCCACCCUCAUCCGUGUCGCUGCGCAGGACCAGAAUGCAUUGCAGGCCGCACACAACAGCCUGAGCAGCCUGGAGAGACGGGCGUCCGAGCUGCGGGUGGAGCUGGAUACAGAGAGAGAGAGUGUGAGGAGGCUGGAGAGAGACCGAGACAGACUGCAGGAGACUGUGAGACAGCUGGAGGACAACCAGAGCGUGAGAUCAGACGCCCGGCCGCAGGAUCAAACCCGUGACUGCGUGUUGCAGACGGGAGAUGCUCUGAGCUCAGAUCCUAAACAUAGGGACAACAUCCUCAGCAGACUGCAGCUCAUCGCCAGCAAGAUCAACAGCCUGACCAGUGAAACCCCGAGCAGGUUAUCUGGGGAAGCGCCGGAUCGGGACAGUCUAGCAUGGCUGCACAGUAAUGUACAGGAUGUGUUGUCACUGUUACAGCAUAUCCCAUCAGCCCCCUCUGCUCUCCCCGAGAGCGCCGCUUUGCUGGCUGGAGGAUCAUUCAGUCUGAACGAGCGUUUGCUGAGACAGAACGCAGAGCUCACGGGAUUCGUCAGCAGACUGACGGAAGAGAAGAACGACCUGCGAAACCAGUUACUGAAGCUGGAGGAGGAGCUGCGCAGAUACAGAGCGAAGAAAACCAGCGUCGAGAGCGUGUCGAGCCGGGCUGUGGCGGAGCGUCAGGAGCUGAUGUUAUUCUCUAGCGAGCGAGAGUCUUGGGCUCAGGACAGGAAUCGUUUGGAGAAGUCUCUCCGUCAGGCCGAGGCAGAACUGACCCGUCUGAGAGGAGAGAUUCGCUCUGAUGCGCUGCGAGAUCUGACCGGAGCUGAUCUGGACAACACGGCUCUCAGGAGGAUGUAUGGGAAAUACCUGCGCUCCGAGAGCUUCCGGAAGGCCCUGAUCUAUCAGAAGAAGUAUCUUCUGCUGCUGCUGGGAGGCUUUCAGGAGUGUGAGGAGGCCACGCUGUCUCUGAUCGCCCGCAUGAGCAGCUUCCCUGAACACGGUCUGGAGUCUGUGGGGCUUCAGCGCCGGGGUCUCACACGCUUCAGAUCAGCCGUGCGUGUCUCUAUCGCCCUCUCCAGGAUGAGGUUUCUGGUGAAGCGAUGGCAGAGAGCAGCUGGAGGAACGACGCUCAGCAGAAACGGCAUCUCUCAGAUCACAGGUGCUGAUGUGAGGAACGAGUCGUCGUAUCUUCACCCGGGCGGUGCGGAUGUGUUCAGAGAGAGACGAGCGUCCAGCCGAGGACGCACAGGACGAGACUCUCCUCGCUCCGCAGCAUUGCUCCAGCACAGGUUUCACACGAUGGCCGGUGAUGCCGGAGGUUUACCGUGUUCACACCUGCAGAACUACGACCCGGACCGCGCUCUCACGGACUACAUCUCCCGUCUGGAGGCUCUUCAGAGACGUCUGGGGAGUGUGACCACAGGUUCCUCUUCGUACGCUCAAAUGCACUUUGGAGUCAGAAGAUGAAGGUCUACAUUUACAUUGAUACUGGCUUGAAGAAUCUCAGAUGCCUUCUCUUGUGCUGAGCUGCUGUGCUUUUGUCUUCUGAUGAUAAACCUGUACAAUUCUGUGGGACCAAAACCAUGUUUGUUUUCUGUCUUUUGUGUGUGUGUGUGUGUGAAUCAUCUUAUAAUCAAGCUUUCGUUGGCAGCACUUGAAACGGCUUCAACGUCUGUACAUUAGUUCUACUUCAUUUGUUGUAAAACAAUCACGUUACUAUAUAUUUGUGGAAUGCUAAUUUAAGUUGAUUAAUUUAAUGGAGACGUGUUGAGAGAGUUUGGACCAGGACGGCUGCUAUCGGACGACACGAGCGAGGCUGUACUCGUCACAAACACUAACGAGGCUCGUUAAGGCUUCGUUCGGGCUGUAACGUGUCGCUGUUAUCAGAUACUCUACACUGUGUUUAAUUCGCUCGCUCCCGUGAAAAGAAUUUGUAGAAGACAUAUUUUUGUAAAGGUUGGAGCUUCUGGGUAUUUUGUCAAAACUCAAAUAAAGAUUAAUAUAAUAUUUAAAAACUG